AUGGAGAACGUCGACGAGGAAUAUGAUUACCUUCACGACUGCGCGAAGAAGGCUGAGAGUUUUAAAACUACCAAGAGACGCCUGUCUCUUGAAACUCUCGAGCUGAUACGCCAGCGUGAAGAAGCACAUGCCACAAGGAACCAAGAACUCAGGUCCUGUCUCGCAGGGUAUUGCAGAGAGGUGAUAAAGGAAAACCUCAGAGAGAGAAGUGCAGAACAGCUGGCUGAAGCUGCAGAAGCGUGGAAAAGCAUCCGCUAUGCCCGUCGAGACUUCGCUAGUCGCAAGACGAGGAUGACUGCUCUCCGGAACACGAAGGGAGACAUGUCUGUCUCCCCGUCCGAUGAGGUUCUCCUGUCCGAAAUACGACAUGCUGGUAAGAAAACGUACGGCACCCGGUCCCGACAGAAUAAGACCAGAACACCUGAAGAGUCAUCCGCCAGUACUCAUCAACACCCUGGUGAGGCUCUUUACACGUUACCUGUCGGAAUGCAAGGAUUGAAAAUGUCUUGGAUGAAGGACAGCCAUGCGAGCAAGCAGGGUUUCAAAAGAAAAGGAUUCAGCACGAUUGACCACAUUCGCACUGUUUCGAAACCCAUCGAGGUAUCACGAGAGUACAAGAUGCCGCUCUGUCUCACCUUCAUCGACUUAAAGAAGGCCUUCAACUCAGUUGAGACGGAGGCAGUCGCAGAAGCCUUGGACAACCAAGGCGUCCCUACUCAGUGCAUUAAGCACCAGCCAAGCGGAACGAAUGCUGUCCGAAUUCGACGAAACAGGUUGCAUCGGUUUUCGGCUGAAUUUCCAAAAGACGGUAUUCAUGCACAACAGAUGGGUCUCGGAUGUCCCAUGCAGUUUGAAGAUCAACGGGAGCCAAGGUGA